UACAAUGGAGCGUUGGCAGAACAAAGUCGCUGUGGUCAGCGGAGCUAGUGCAGGGAUUGGAGCAGCGUGCACUCGGGCCUUGCUCACCGCCGGCAUGGUGGUCAUCGGCUUGGCGAGGCGACAGGAACGCGUCGAGCAGCUUCGAGACGGACUGAGAGCCCAAGAAAAGAAGCGUCUGCACUCCAUUAAAUGCGACGUGAAGGACGAAGAACAGGUGUUGGAGGCCUUUGACUGGAUCAGGCGUCACCUGGGUGGGGUAGACGCGUUGGUCAGUAACGCCGGAAUUAUAGCCACUGGUGAACUGAGCGGCCAGGCCGACAGUGCAGCUAUGCGGUCCACUGUUGAGACAAACAUCAUGGGCACCGUGUACUGUGUUCGAGAGGCAUUUAACUCUAUGAGGGAGCGCGGCACUGAGGGCCACGUGGUCAUCAUAAACAGCGUGGCAGGACAACAGGUGCCGAACCUGGGCCCGAUGCUGCCUUCUCUUAACAUCUACCCGGCCAGUAAGUUCGCUCUCCGCGCCAUGAACGAGAUCUAUCGCCAAGAGUUCCAGCGCCACAAGACUCUUGUAAGGGUGUCGACCAUCAGCCCCGGCAUGGUUGAUACCGACAUAUUGCCGCAAGAGAUCCAGGGUGUUGUUAAACCGCACAUGCCCAUGCUAAGUAGUACCGACGUCGCAGAUGCGGUUCUGUGGACCAUCGGCACUCCGAGCAACGUUCAGGUGCAUAACAUAACUAUAAAGCCGCAAGGAGAGAAAUUUUAAAGGUUAUUGAUUAACACUGAUUUUGCAUAUGAAAAGGAUAUAAAUAUAUA